UAUUUUUCCUACCACAACACUAUUGUUUUGAAAUUUUUUUGAAAGCUUUCAAAACUUCCAAAUGACAUAAAAAAAAACUCAGAUUAAAUUAGAUUUCAGAUUUCACACAAUCAAUAUUCUUUGAAAAUAAUUCGAAAACCGUAACGCAUUAGCGAUGCAAGCCUUCGAAGUUUUCUAUGCACAAACAGAGCGUGCCGUGAAUUAUUUGUAUAUUUUGGUGAUUUGUAUUUUACCGCUUUUAUGGUUUGGCGAUUGUAAGAAGACGAUGUCGCUGUUAUUCAAGAAAAUCAUACCACCAAAUUAUAAGGAGUACGACAUACAAUGGGACUUUCCGCGUAAUCUGCAACUGCUACUAAUCACUUUAGGUGUGGCGCUCUUCUUUCUGCAUCGGACUUGGCGCUUGCGCUUGCAAGAAGAACGCUGCGAUAGAAUUAAACUGGAAUCGGCAUUCACCGAAACACAUGAGUUGCAUCAAUUGAAGCUGAAACUGUUACAGGCGGUCGAUAAGAUCACAAUGGAGAAGAUAUUGCAGCCGAAUAUAAGUGAGACUAAGACUACUCCCAUUUGGAAGCCAAUAAAGCGGACGAUUUACAGCAUGAAAGAGGAGGAAUAAGUAGGUAGAGUUGAGAGAUGAAAUUAAUAGAAAGAAUAGAUUGAUAGAUCAAAACUUGGAUUAAAUUGGUGCAAACUUGUUUUUGUAAAAAAAUUUAUUAAAGAAGCUGAAAUCAAUUAUUUCAGACUUGCAGAUAUUUUGUUA